AGGUAAGGGGUAAGGAGAUACAGCUUUGGUGGAGAUAGACCGAUUUAACAGCGGGCCAAGGAUAUAGCCUUGUGGGACCUCAUAGGAUACAGGCUGAGUCACCAAUACUGACAGCUUGGCAUGACCCUGAUCCAAAACAACCAAUGAGGACUUGUUUAAAGCAACACUGUUGAUGUAUCUGAAGUUUUCCUGUUGGGGCUGACAAGUGAGAAACAAUCAGUGGACACUUUGCCUGGAGCAACCUGGAGUUAAGUGCUUUGCUCAAGGGCACGAUAGAGAUGGCUCAUCGCUCACCUCUUGCGGUGAUCAAACAGCGGCUUUGAGAUGAAAGAAAGUCAUAUGGGAUUUGGAACGACAUGAGGGCGGACAAAGAUCGACCUGUUUAACAUUCUUCUCAACUCCAGAACCUGGUCUCUGAGGACAUGGAUUUAAAGGGCAACCAAUGAUAUGGGCUCAGCAAGACCUCUGCUCACUAAAUGCCAAGCGGUCCCCUGUCGCUGUGCUGUAUGACAGCUUAAUAAUGGCUUUCCCAGGUGCACGUCUUCAUUGCACAAUAGAGCCACGGUCCGGCAGUGUGGUCACAGAACCGGUCCCGACCUCCUCAGGUCCACAUUCAUGACACCCACAGAGAGUUUGAAGAUGAUGCACUUUUUCCUGAAACUCAUCUACUGAACAAGUGAACAUGUAGGCCAGACUGACAGGAUGCCCCGAAGAGAGAAGCACAUCAAUUUAGAGCCAUGCUGUCAAUCCAGCACUAACCUGGUGCUCCAGCAUCCGCUGACCUCCGUUCAUCACCAAGGACGUGAAAUCCUAAUAAAGUAUGAGCCAUGGGACCAAUUCUCCUCCCCACCUUUGGUCACAGGUUCAGAAGCUGAAGUCAUAGAGAUCCUGUCUCAGGUGGGGCUGAACGGCGUCCCAUGUGACGCACCUGUGGCUGAUCUCAUUGCAACUAAAUACACCUGUCAGAGACCAGCCGGCCAUGGAGCCAUUCGGGAGUUUGCCGAGUACAUUCUGACGCUGGAGAAAAAGAGCACGUCACAGGACUGUGGAGCCGAUUGUGCCAAGUUUCAAAAGAGCGAGAUCGAACACAGAUUCACCAAGCAGGCUCUGGAGCGUGCCUAUACGUCCCCUCACGCCUGGGGCCCGACCUACGGAGCUCAUAAGCACCAUCUGGAGUUCAGUCACCAGCAGUACAGAGAGCUGCAACAGUACGCCAAUGAAGUUGGCAUCUUCUUUACUGCAUCAGGGAUGGAUGAGAUGGCUGUAGAAUUUCUUCAUGAAAUCAAUGUGCCGUUUUUCAAAGUUGCCUCAGCUGACACCAACAAUAUCCCUUACCUGGAGAAAACCGCCAAAAAAGGUCGUCCCAUGGUGAUUUCUAGUGGAAUGCAGUCUAUGGAGACCAUGCGUUGUGUUUACCAAACCGUCAAGAAGCACAAUCCCAAUUUCACGUUCCUGCAGUGCACCAGCGCUUAUCCACUGCCAAUAGAGCACGUCAACCUCAGCCUGAUCCCUGAGUUCCAGAAGGAGUUUCCAGACAUUCCCAUAGGCUAUUCUGGACAUGAGACGGGCAUCCAUGUGUCUGUUGCUGCUGUGGCACUUGGGGCAAAGGUCCUGGAGCGUCAUGUGACCCUGGAUAAGAGCUGGAAAGGCAGUGACCACGCAGCAUCACUGGAGCCGGCAGAGCUGGCGGAGCUGGUGAAAGCAAUCAGGACGGUUGAGAUGGCAAUGGGCUCGCCAAUCAAACAGAUGCUGCCCUGUGAGGCUUCCUGUCACAGCAAGUUGGGGAAGUCAGUGGUGGCCCGGAAACCAUUGCAGAAGGGUCAGACAUUAACUCUCGACAUGCUGACAGUAAAAGUGGCCGAACCGCACGGCAUGAGACCAGAGAACAUCUUCAAACUGGUUGGCAAGAAAAUCACUGUGGACCUAGAGAAAGAUGCCACCAUUACUGAUGCCAUAAUAAAAGACUGAUGAUCAGACACGUAAAAAGUAAAGGAGCAACGAAGGGGUCUUUUACUUUUAAUAAAUCAGAAAUAUGA